UGAAAACGUCGUUGGUGACUUACGGUGGCUUGUGGCGCGACUUGCGGUUCAAAAAUCGUCGAAAAUUUUGUUUGCAAGCAAGCAAAGUGAUUCAAUUCGGCGGAUUCCAAAAUCGAUACAAGCUACUAAUCCCUUAGAAAGGAGCUCCAAGUGCAGUACAAACACUGGUGUCUAAAAAAAUAUAUACCGAAAAUUUUCUUAAAUAAAUAAAUGUAUGCACUUUAAUGUAAAGAAUUUAUUGAAUAAAUGAUCAAACUGAGAAGAAGAAACCACAAGCAAAACCAAUAAACAAAAAAAAAAACAAAAAAAAAAUAUAAAAAACCCAAACUAAAGACGACCAACGAAGCAAAUGUAAGACUGAAAUAAAAAUUCCAAACUUUGAAAAAGAAGAAAAACGCCCAAAACAAGCUAAAUUCAAGGCCAAUAAGUGGUGCUUUGCUGCUACAGACGCUGCUGGUUAAUUAGGUUGCUGCUCCGCUGUCGCUGCUGCUUCGCCGUUCACACUCUUGCCUCUCUGCUGCUGCCCAUUAUAUUAUUCUUAACUUCAUCUUCUUUUUCUACCUUCUUUCAGCUACCUGUAGUCAGUCAAGCAGUCAUUUGAUUUGCUGCUUCAUACAACAAAGUUUAUUAAAUGAUUGCCUAGAGGAAUUAGCUUUCAGCUUGUAGACUGGCAGCGAGUUGAAUAACCGUUUGAUGCAGGUGUGUGUGGUUUAGCGACGUGCGGUAUUGUGUUGUGUGAUAGCAUUAAAUCUUAUAGAUAUAUUUAUGUAUGUACCAAGAUACAAGUAUUGUUCCAUAAAAAUAUCUACAAAGUGACAUAGUGCGAAAGAAAAACUUCAGGAAUGUGCGCUCCCGUAAGUGUGGAGCCGCGAAAGUGCUAAAACAGCUUCAUUUUUAUAGAAAAGUAAAUGAAAUGCUUACACUUCGUGUUGAAAAGUGAAAUUUCAACGAAAUCAGGAAUUACAAAACGUCGAAAAAAAAUUUUGCCAUUGCCAAUUAAAGUAACAAAGCACGUGAACCCAUAACACACACAAACAACUACACACAAUGAAACGACGAAAGCUUCUGCUCUGUUGGACCAUACUACAUUCUGGGCUCAGCUUAAUCGCCUUUCUCACAUUACUGUUGAGCCAAAAAACACAAGCUGCGAUUGUGCCACCACCUUGGAGUGAUCCGCAAAAGAAUCCUUGCGCCAGCAUGCCCGGCGGUUGGCAAUUACUCUAUUGGCCGCCACUUAAACAGUGCUUCAAAAUCUUCACUAUCGGCUACCCCUGCCCAGAAACCAUGGAAUUGAGCCCAGCGCCGAAUGUGGGUAAAACGAAAUCGGCGCGUAUAAAUGCACCAGCUGCUGAGUGUCGUUGUCCGCCGGGCACAGCGUUGAGUGCGGAGACAAAUAAAUGUCAUGACAUAUUUAAGCGUGGUCCAUGUGAGAAGGGCGCAUACUUCGCGCCACUGCCAGAAGAACGUACGGCUGUUAGUAGUGGGCGACGAUCCAGUAAUCGCUGGGGCAGCUGUAAAUUUGCCAGAGAAUGUCCGGUGGGCAUGAUUUACUGGCCGAAAGAUGGUCGGUGCUAUGCACAGUACACUAAAGGACCUUGUAUCAAGGGUAAGCUGCUGGUUAUGAACGAGGAUGGACUGGGUGAUUGCAAGUGCAAACCUGAAGGUCAGUUACGUAACUACUACUACGAGCAGGAAGAGACAUGUCAUGAGCACUACACCAAAGGUCCUUGCACAACGCCGGGUGAACUUUUCCUGCCAGGUGGCCGUUGCGAUUGCCAUCGGUUUUUGCCACACUACAACGAGGAUCACCAAAUGUGCUAUGAAUUGAACACACCAGGACCCUGUCCGCCUGGGCAUAUCUUUAAUCUACCCGAUAAUGUUACAGCCGCUAACGAUGCGACGGAUAUACCGCGCGCUCAGUGUCAAUGCAAGGACGGUUAUGUGCCUUGGACUGAUGGCCUCUGCUAUCGGCUAUACACAAGAGGACCCUGUGGUCCACAUGAAUUUCUGAUUAAUGCCACCAGUUGCGUGCGCAAUUUCUGCGGCAAAAGUCGUCUCUAUUUCCCCGAAGAGAACACCUGCUAUCGCAUUGGUUCACAAGGACCCUGCUCAUUGCAUCAGGUGGUCGUAUUUGAUUUUACUGCACGCCCAUCCUUAGAUGGCAUUUCUUACAAUGGUAUAUGCGGUUGCUCGGGUGUUAUCUGGAAUCUUGAUCAAAAAUGUGCCAAUAUCGAUAAUGGCGGCACGGAAGAUGAGAAUACAUGCGAAUCUACGCCGGGUAUGGUUGAGAUUAACGGUAAUUGUUAUAAGUUAUAUACGCGUGGACCAUGUGGACCGGGCCAAUGGUUGGAGCCGCUCAAAACACUGACGAGCGCUGUAGAAACGCAACGAUUUUUGGAUACGAAAGCGAAAUGUGUCUGUCGACCAGGCUAUACACUUGCCGAGGAUGUUGAGGAUGAUGGGGAUAAGAAUGCAGAGAGCUUGCCACGCGCACGUAUAACACGUUGCAAUGCGCCCACAGUGGGCUUAGCGAGGUAUUUGAAUAAGCAACGUGAAAACUCGAAAUUUAAUGCAAAUUUUAAUUUUCCCAAUUUUCCAUUUUAAAACUAACAAAAUAUAUAUAU